CCCCGAAUAUUUGUCCCUAUAGAGUCUGCAUGGACACAACGAAUAUGAACUCAUUUAUGCAAUAUUCAGUUAGUAAUCGAUCCUAUUGUAGACCUAAAUCUGGAUACCAUCAGCAUUUGCAUCAUCAUCCUUUGGAUCAGCAUCAAGAUUUCCAGCUGACCAACGACAGCAUCCACUCGGACCAAUCCGCUCCUCAAGAUCCCAUCACCGUGUCAAGAAGUUCCAGGCUGUGUUAUAAUGAACGCUUGAGUGCUGACAGCGGAGGACCGAGUGAGACAACAGAACCGGCCCAGCAUCAUGAACAACCUCAUCAUGAGCAUCAACACACGCAUAAUGGCUACUAUCAUCAACUUCUCAACACACAAAGCGGAUUAUUGUCUUCCUACCAUAACGGAAGUACUGUCAAUAACGGGGCCUAUUUGGAGCAGGCCUGCACCACAAACACUGACUAUACGACAAGCCCUGCCAACACCAUCCAUCCUCAAUAUUUCCUGGACGAGCCAGUAACAUCUACCUAUUAUCAUCAAUCAACAUUUGCUACCUCGACCCCCACCGGUGGUCCAAGCUAUGGAACCCUGACUACAGCUUAUUGUGGGCCUCAAGGCGCCCUCGUCGGUUCCCAUUACCCAUCUCAGGUUAGCUCGAGUCUGGACGCAGUGGACUACCUGCACGGGGGAGGAUAUGGAGAGGUACCCAUCUCCCUGGAGCGAAAGAGGGAGGACGAGGAGAAUCAGCCAGUCGGACAGGGACAAACAUUUGAUUGGAUGAAGGUGAAGAGGAAUCCACCUAAAACAGUUAAAGUGGCUGACUUCGGCCUGGCUGGUGCAAACAACACCAUGCGCACCAACUUUACCACACGGCAGCUCACAGAAUUGGAGAAGGAGUUCCACUUCAGCAAAUAUCUGACCCGAGCACGGCGAGUUGAAAUCGCUGCCACUCUCGAGCUUAAUGAAACCCAGGUGAAGAUUUGGUUCCAGAACAGGCGCAUGAAGCAGAAAAAGCGCGAGAAGGAAGGCACGUCCACGCCGGUGCGCCCGUCGUCCUCUUCGGGUUCGUUGAACACUGGCGGUGGCUUCAACAAGGAACUGGAGGAAACGGACCGCUCCUCUGCAUCCACUUCACCAGACGCAUCUCCCGACUCGGAGUAGAUAUCCAAAGUUGUUGAUAUGUGAAAUGAAAUAAUGCCUUGGAGAACAACUUGGCUUUGAUUCAUGUGCGUGACACCUCUUUCAACAUUUCUAUCCAAAUGAUAAAGUUUCCAAAUUCUAGAGGGUGCGAUCAAACACUACGUAUUUUAAUUUAAAUGCACAGUAAACAUCAACGCAAUUAAAAGCAAAAUAAACGAAAAACUACCAAUUGACAACUGAUGAAUCAUAUUUAUCGUUUAUUUAUUUUCUAUAGGAUUGCUUCUUAAAUUGCUGUUCUGUUACACAAUAAAGAGGAACCUCAAUGCACAAUGAUGAGGUUCAAAUGAAAGUUUAUAUUUUGAAAUGUUGGAAAGUUUGCUCUUAAUUGUUUGCAAACAUCCCAAAUUAUGAGUUAGGAAAACAACAACUUUUUUUGUGUAUGUAUGGGGGGGCAGCCAGUGUGAUUUGCUUAGGGCACCAUUGGGCAUAUAAAUUUAUUUUAAUUUACUGUGAUCUAAUCUUCCCAUGGUGCAUUUAUAUGUUGGACAACAUGGUAAAUAUGGUAAAAGAAGAAACAUAUUCAAUUGUCUCCAUUGUCAGGAAUUUUAUAAUUCCUAAAGAUUAAUGGAAUUUGCCAUCAGCAUUUACUUCUCAGUGGAGAACAAGGUAGUCCAAUUGCGUUGCCCUGGAAGCCCCUCCCCCUUUUGUUCUUUUUUCUUUUUUAAGGUUUCAGUCUUGCUCGAGGACUGUCCUGUCAGAAUUGUAGCCUGAAUCACAGAGACCAUUUAUUAAAAAGCCAUAGCAGAAUAGAAUUUCUAUGAUAGAUACUUGUAUCUUUUUCUCAUGUUUGAAGUUUUUUCAGUGUGUCUACUCAAGGGCUGUCUGUUUAAUAUGCUUUGACACAUUUAAUAUACCAUGGUAGAAAAACAAAGUGAAAGAUCAAGCUCCAAAUUCUUUGAGUCGUGACACACUGAAUGAUUUACAUGCAUGAUUUAUUCAACUUUUUAUAGUUAGAUUCAGGGAUGCAACUUGCACUGAUGAAAUAAAAUAAAAUUUAAAAAGAAAAAGCUGGCCAUUGAAAUGAUCUCUCUUUC